UUCCGGCCGGCGGAGGUGGGGACUGCGGCGUUGCGGGGUGGACUCUGGGUCGCGACCCCGACCCCUGCCCCGUUCGGCGACUUCGACCCCCACCCGGGCCGUUACCCCCACCCGGUCAUACCCGUAUGGCCCGGCACGUGUUCCUGACGGGACCCCCAGGGGUUGGAAAAACAACGUUGAUCCAGAAAGUCAGUGAAGUUUUAAAGUCCUCUGGCGUGCCUGUCGACGGGUUUUAUACAGAAGAAGUCAGACAGGGAGGAAGAAGAAUAGGGUUCGAUGUUGUCACGUUGUCUGGCACCCGCGGACCUUUAUCCAGGAUUGGGUCAGAGCUUCCGCCUGGAAAGCGUGAGUGCUGUGUUGGGCAGUAUGUGGUGGAUCUGACUUCCUUCGAGCAGCUGGUGCUUCCUGUCUUGAGGAACCUUAAAGAGAUCUUUUAUAAGAUGAGGAAACUGAGGCAUAGAAUAGAAAGUAAUUUGCCCAAUGACAAACAGCUUAUAAGCAGCGGUACUGGCAGGUCCCAGAGGUGGCCCGGGGCAGAGCGUGUGUGUCAUCGACGAGGUGGGGAAGAUGGAGCUCUUCAGUCAGCCGUUCAUCCAGGCCGUUCGCCAGGUGCUGUCCACCCUGGGGACUGUCGUCCUUGGCACCAUCCCAGUACCCAAAGGAAAACCGCUGGCCCUCGUGGAAGAGAUAAGAACCCGAAACGACAUUAAGGUGUUCAGUAAUAUAGGUGAGUUAUAGAAGCGAAGUUACACCUCUGCUGGAUGCCAAAGCAGACGUGCCUGCGGGGAGCCGCCCGAGGCGUCCGCCCCUCCUGCGGUGCCCUCCUCACCAGGCGCCAGGGUCUUGCCAGCAUCAGCGCCCGGGCAGCAGUGCUCUGGGUCUGAGCGCAUCUCCCCCAGGGCGAUGAGGGUGCAGAGGCAAGUGAGUGCCGUCUCCUUUUAAAGGUCUCCCUCUGAAACUGGCUGCCUCCUGCUGUGGGGAGAAGCUGCGGCUGCAGUUUGAAGCACAGUCUCCGAUGCUGUAGAGUGGCACCGUCCAGAGAAGUGUCCAUGAGGGUGGAAGUGUGCUGUCUGCAGCGUGCAGUGCCGUGGCCAUUAGCCACACGGGACUAUUUACAUUUAAACUAAACGGAAUUAAAUUAGAGAAAUCUUUUCCUCAGUCACGCUGGCCACGUGUCAGGUACCCAGCUGGUAAGACACCCUGCCCAGAACAGGUGAAUCAGGCUCUGGGCGCGGCCCAGGAACUUGUCUUCGCCAGCCCUCGGGGGCUCUGGGGCCCCUGCAGUGGGAGAAGCCCUGGGGUGGAGCAUGUGUGGAGGACGCGUACGUCAGGGGCAGCGUCUGGGCCGGUUGUCAGGGGCUCUGGUGGCACUGCCGGCGCUUUGCCCGCAGACUUGCCCGUCUCUCCCGCCGUCUCUCUGUGCCCCUCUUUGUCAGGCACUGUCCUCCCUGUGCCGCCUCGGUUGGUUUGCAUCAGUGCGGCCACGUCGCUCUGCUGUCCCUCUCCGCCAGCCCUCUGCCGGCGCCAGGUGAAACAGUGGGGCUGGCAGGGCCACUUCUGUGGGAGGGCCGGGCAUGUGCUCUAGCUGCAGAGAGCCAGUGAGUGCCUCACACCGCUGGUUACUUGUCCCCAGGGCCGGCUGGCCCCAGGGGGACAUCCCCACGUUGUCACCCAGGUGUCCAGGGUACCUUUGGGCAGCAGACAGCCGCCAGGAUGAUUAGCCCAGCCAGACUUGGAGGAAUCUGUUUGCGCUGCUGCGUUCGUUUAUCCUCUCACUUGGUAGAUACGGAUUGAGCAUCUCCUGUGCGCUGGGCCUCAUGCUACGUCUUGGUGGUGAACCAGACAGACCGCGUCUUUGUCCUCAUGGAGCCGACAUCCUCAUGGAGGGGCUCGAUGAGAGAAACGCAAGCAAGCAUGUAGGCAAUGGCAGAUGUGGAUAAAUGCAACACCAGGGCACGGUGGUCCCUGGGGACCGGCGGUGGGGGAGGAGGUGGCGAACCGGGGAGGCCUGAGAGCCAGGCAGGGUCACUUCCUCGGUGGACAUGGGCCUUGUCUGCGGAGUUGUAUGUCACCUCCUCUAUCCGUUAUUUCACGUGGCUUCCGUAUUAGAGUCUUUGGUUGUGAUUGUCGAGUUUCUGUGGAAAUAGAGACAAUGGAUAAUGAGAGAUCAUGAAAGACAAUUAGUCUUCAGGUCAGACAGCUUCCAGGCUGGAGGGCUGGGGAAGCGCUGAUGCUAACGUCCAAGGCCUGGCUGUCUCUGCAGACUAAUAACCCAGCAGUGGGACUGCGGUUGACUCUCACGUCCAGAAACCAGUGCUGUAUAUUAAGACAACACCACGUUUUCUCCUCUCUAAGCUAGGAGGUUAUUCUCUAGGCAAGGUAAUCCUGGCUCCUAAUGAUGUAAAGUGAUUAGCUUCUGGUUAAUUCUGUAAGCGACCCCGUUAUUCUUGUCUUUCUUGUGUUCCUCUGGGGCUCGUGUGAUCUUUUGGUGUGUAUUUUAUAAAUGAAGAAUCUUAUUUUCCUUAUCUGCAAAUUUAGGGGCUGGAUUAGAUACUUCUUUGGUCCUUUCCCUUUCUAAUAUGCAGCAAAGUCACCUGAAUUCAUUUUUGAGAGCAUCCUUUGCAUCCGACGCUUAGUCUAUGGUACAAGCACAUGUGAGGUGUAUUCCCUUCCCUCAAGAAAAACAGACCAAGGGACAGUCCAAAUCUGGAGGUGGGAAGAGAGAUUUGUGUGAACAGGAGUAGGGAGAGUUGUCCGGAAGGAAGUGGUUCUUGGCUGGGUUUUUGAAGGGGGAAGUGGGGAAACGAAAGAACAUUCCAGAUCAGGAUUAUGUUAUGUAAAAUGCGGAGAGCAGCUUCCCUGUGCUGACAGAUGAUGUGGAGAUGGGACUGAGGUCAUGAUAUUGGGAAAGUAUUCACAAUAACUCAGAAGUUAUUCACAUUAUCUAGACUGUUCUUCUUAACAGGGUCAGGUGAACAGAGCCUUACUUUUCAGAAAAACCCCUGAGGACACUUCCAGUCCUAGACAAAGUGGGAUAGACACACUGCUCCCUGUCGCUCCUCCUAAGUCAGAUAAAAACCUUGGACGUUGUACAUAAAACAGACAUAAGAAGACCUGAAUGGUAGAGGGAAGAAGGCGCACUGGCCAGGGACCCCAGGGAGAGCACGAGAGACACGAUUGGAAAUCACUUGUCAUUCCAAGAACCAGGAAAAUCAGCCAGAGUGAGAGAAACAGCCGACAUGCCAACAGCAAGACGUCAUAGAUGUUGGAAUUAUAGGGCAGAGAUUUUCAAACAGCCAUCAUAAAAAUGCCUCAGUGAGCAAUUACAAACCCACUGGAAACAAAUGAAAAAUAGAAAUUCUCAGCCAAGAAAUUGAAAGCUUCAGCAAAGAUACAGAAGCUGUAAGGAAGAAUGAAGUGAGCAUUUUAGAAUGUAAAAUAGCGUAACUGAUGCCAGAGUCCGUGGGUAGACCCGCCAGCAGAAUGGAGAUGACAGAGGAUGGAGUCAGUGAACCUGAGGGUGAAACGGUAGAAACUGCCCAGGAAAGAACAGACUGAAAAAAUAAAAUCCAGGGCCACAGGGACCUCUGGAAUUCAGUAAUAUAGAAACUUCUAUCCUGGUGCAGGUUCAGGCGUCGAAGCUUCUCUUCCCGAAAAUUAUGUUUCCCUCUCAGAAGUUUGGUUAAAUGUUUUCCUAAUUUCUUCUGUAGUUUAAUGCCAAGUGUAGCCACUGAAAACUGUUAUAAAUUUAUUUCAAUAUUAGGUUAUGGGAGACCACAUGUCAGAAAACAUUUAAUGGUAAUGUCAGUGCUACAGAAACGAGAGGUGAAGACCUUCACGGGUCCAGAUUCCAGCAGGAGCUCUCGUACUGCUUUCAUCCUUCUCUGACUCACAACGUGAAAAAAUAUGUCUCUCCCUGCCUGUCACUUCUAACAAAAAAAUGUGAGCUUGGUCAUGCUGGUGGCAUUUCCAAAGCAUAUUUCACUUGAUUUCCUGUGAAAUCUCUCCUUCAUGAAGAUGCUGGAGAAUGUUGUCCCCUGAGGGGACAGGAGAGAGGAGAGACGCCCGGAGUCUCAGGAACGGGGAUUGAGCUGCCAGGGUGGCCGCCAGUCCUGGGGCACCUGGGGGAGGUGCUGAGGUCCAUCAGCGCGUCGGGGACGUCACGGCAGCCUGGUCAUCAGUGAGAGCUGGCGGGCCUUGUCCGAGGUUGUUCGGUUAGUAGGGGCACAGCCAGGAUUCAGACCUCGGUCUGUUGACUCCCAAGCCUGAGCAUUACCGUAGCCCUGAUGUGUGUUACCUUCGUGGGUAGGGGUGGUUCAGAUGAUUUGAAAUCUAAGAUCCCUGGAAAGUACUUGGUCUUUCUACUUUAGAAAAAUGUUACUGUAACUAAAAUCUGUUCUACUGUUCUGAAUUCAGAGCCACUUAAACUUGUUUUAGUCCAUAAAGCAGUUUUUCUUCUUUUAGUUUUUGCCCAUGGAUUGCAAGAUCACAAGAAAAAUGGGAACUACGUCCCAGCUUCCCUCCAAUUUGGAAAUUUUUAGACCUCCUCUUACUCUGCCUGGCCAUGGGUUUUUUAACCAAGCAGGGUAUAAACCAUUUUCAUCUCAUCAGGAAUUUGAUGCUGUUUCUGGGUCACAGACUCCUGUAGGUACAGGAAUGAGCAUACACCUGCCGACCUUUAGGUCAAGAGUCAGUAGGCAGGGUUUUCUGUAGAAAUUAACAAGGUAAUCCUAAAAUUCAUAUGGAAAUUUAAAGGACCCAGCUCAAACAAUCAUAAAAUGUUGGAAGACUCAUACUUCCCGAUUUCAAAACUUACUGCAAAGCUACAGGAAUCAAGACAGUGUGGUGCUGGCACAGGGACAGACACGUAGAUUGUCAGAAUAGAGUUGAAAGUCCAAAAAUAAACCCUUGCAUCUGCGAUCAACUGAUUUUCAACAAGAGUGCCAGGACAAGUUAAUGAAGAAAAAAUUGUUUUUCAGCCAAAGGUGCUGGAAAACUGGACAUCCACAUCCAAAAGAAUGAAGCCGGACCCUUACCUCACAUCAGACACAAAAAUUAACUCAAAACAGACCGUAGAUCUACAUGUAAGAAUGAAACUAUAGAACUCUUAGAAGAAAAUAUAGGAGUAAGUCUCUGUAAACUUGGGUUAGGCAGAGUCUUAUUUGUUCCAACACCAAAAGCACAAGUGACGAGAGAAAAGUAGGUACAGUGAACUUCACCAAAAUUUAAAAUUUUUGUGCUUCAAAGGACACUGUCAAGAAAGUAAAAGGACAACCCACAGGAUGGGAAAAACUAUUUAAGAAUCAUAUAUCUGAUAAGGGACUUCGUGUAUCCCAGAAUACUUAGAGAACUCUUACAACUCAAUAAUAAAACAACAAAUAAACCAAUUAAAAAAGGAGCAAAGAAUCUGAAAAGACGUUUCUCCAAAGAUAGGCAAAUAGUUGAUAAGCACAUGAAAAUAUGUUAUAACACCAUUAGUUUUUAGGGCAGUGCAAACCAAAACCACAGUGAGCUAGCACUGCACAUUGCUGGGAUGGCUAUAAUGAUAUUAAAGGAAAGAAAUGGAAAAUAGUGUCAGUGAGGAUGUGGAGAAAUUGGAGGCCUCAUACCCUGCUGCUGGGACUGUAAAAAUGCAGCAGUUCGUCAGAAAGGUAGACGUGGGAUCACCCUAUAACUCAGCAAUUCCACUUCUAAGUGUGUACCCAGAAGAAUUGAAAACGUGUGUUCAAACAAAAACUUGUACACUGGUGUUCAUAGCAGCC